AUGGCUUUCGCGCCUCCAGCAGGGAUGCAUAUCUAUGCGGAUAAUACCGACUCGUACCUCGAUGGCGCUCAGCACCCGUAUCAAGUCAUGGCGGACCCAAAGACAGCCUACUACGCAACUGCGAUUCCUCCGCCUCAAAUCUCCUGCGACAUCAAGCCGCGCCUCACCAAGGAGCAGCACGAUAUCUUAGAGGCGCAUUAUCAAGAGCAGAACAAGCCGAAUACCGUCACAAAAAAGCGUUUUGCUGAGUCGCUCAAUGUUUCGCUGGACAAGGUGAACAAUUGGUUUCAAAAUCGGCGCGCCAAGUCAAAGCAGGAUGCCAAGAAAGCAGGCGCGUUCAACAUGUUCCCACCUAACAAUGGCAAUACCUUCUCCGAUUCCGACAACAUGUCCGCAUUCGCUUCACGCGAGUACUUUGCCAUGAUGCAGCAGUGCGCGUCACAGGAACACCUCGGGGCUGGCUUCGAUCUCGGAGGCCUGCCUUUGGCUCAAUACCAGGGCGCUCACCAUCCAGGAACCAUGUUCAGUGUUGGCCCAGCAGAUUCGUAUCCAGGCGGCAGUCUGCAGGUCCCGCUCACUCAAAACAUCUUCGACAGCCCGCAAGAGACGAAUAGGCUCACGCUGACCCAGGAACAAUUCAAUGCGUUGAGUCAAGGCGGUAACGAUAUGCAAGCGCCUGGUCAUUUCAACCAAGUUCAAGACAGCCAACCCACCAUUACAGAAGUUACGGCCCAGACGUUUACCCAAGGGCAAGACUGGAACCACGAGGAGGAAAAUGUCUUCCCAAGUGCUUACGGCGACGCCCUUUCUAGCCAUGACUCCUCACUACCUUCUAAUCCCUCCGAUCAAUCCAACUAUCCCACAUCUAGCUCCGUUGGCGAUUCGACCACUUUCUCUGCAUCUCCAGUCGACUGGACGGAUAGCUGCAGUACGUCGACGUCCGAAUCACAAUCCCAACUUGCCCAGCAGUCGCUUACGGAUUCUUCUCAAUGGCAACCAGGCCAGAGUAAGCCCAUCGAGCACGGCCUUCUUCAACAGCAAUUCCACGAAGCACAGGCCCAGCAGCAGGCGUUGCAAUCCGCACAUUUGUCGGUCGAUGCAACACUGGCAUGGUCGGGCGAGGAUGAUUUCCUGCGUCGCGACUCGCAGAACAGUGUGGUGCUCACUCAGCAGAUGAGCCAAUUCGCUUUACAAACACCGCAGCCACAAUUGCAGGGCCAGUUCAAAGCUCCGCAGCAACCGUCCAGCAUCGCAGCACGGCGUCACGUCAAACGGCCAGCAGCCUUGUCACUACGCAGCACUUCGUACAGCGGUGCCUCCGGGCCCGCAUCUCCGUCGCCAGGUCUGAAACCGGGACAGCAACCACUGCGACGAAUUCAGUCGCAUAUGGCAAUGAACAACGUCACGAACGGACGAGUUGCCAAGUGCAGCACCAUUGGCCCUGCGCAGCGUUCGCCGCUGAACUUUACUUUUGCUGAGUCCAUAAGCUCCCCGAAAGCGCUCCGUCAUGCAUCGACAUCUUCUACCGCUGGAAGUAGCCUUGCCCCCCCCACGCCUCUUUCGCCGACUGAAAUGACGCUCGCUGAGUAUGGUAGACAGCCGCAAUCUGCUGGUUGGUCGUCUGUCGGGCACUUGAGCCGGCACACCAGCAUCAGUGAAACCGAUGCCGAGCACAGUAGUGGUUUCAUGCAUGGGUCCACUACCUCGUCACAACCGGCCUUUUCUUCUCCGCCCUCGACUCCAAUGUUCACGAGUCAUCCCUAUCAACAGUUCAUCCAAGGUCGUCUAGGGCCGACAAUCUUGGAAAACACGCCCCCACAAUCGGCGCCUGCGUCACAGUCAUGCUUUUCUGCCAACGCAUACUCUCUGCCACAGCAAAACAGCUCGAUGCCCCCACCACCUCCUCCUCCAUUUGUUGCCACUACCCAGCAAAUAAUGCAACCGCUCAUCUCGCCGCAGAAUUCGCAUUUUAUUACUGCCGGCCUGUCUGACGAGCAGUACUCCUUGGGCAUGAUGUCAUCAUUUCCUGGCCCACAAUUUGCACUUUCUGACUGUGGUGUGCCGCCCGAGCUGUCAUUGCCACAGUUUCAGCUACUGCCUGAUAGCACCUUUGCAGGUGCGCCCACGAGCUUGUCCAACUUGGGUCAGAUCCCAUCCGCCUCCGUCCAACAAUCACAACAUUUGCCCCAAGUGGCUCCCGCGAACGAGACCAAUGCGCUGCAGAAUCAGAUGUACAUGUCGUCGCAAGGGCAGCUCAACUUCACAGAUUCGUCAAACGGCUCUCCGAAUGCCGAAGUCAAUACCCAUCUAUAUAAGAUCUCUAGCGCAUCUGCACCAGCCAGUGAGUUGUUCGUCCAUGAAUACAGCCCACCACAGGACAUCAAGCAAGCGACGCUGCCCCGAAAGGCAGCCGAUCCCGGCCCCAAAAAUUAUACAUUCUCUAACCACGGCCCUGAGCAUUUCGAAAAGGAGAAAUCGAAGAAGGGCUCAGUGGCCUCGAGCAGCCCAGAGAGCUUCAACGGUCAAUGA